GCGCUAAGCGGGGCGCGCUGGCAGGUGCAGGGCCCCGGCGGCGGCCGGCAAUGGCGCGGCUAAUGGUGUUGCUGCUGCUACUGCUGGCGUUUUGUGCCCCAGCGGCCCGCGGGCUCUACUUCCACAUAGGCGAGACGGAGAAGCGCUGCUUUAUCGAGGAAAUCCCCGACGAAACGAUGGUCAUCGGCAACUACCGCACCCAGAUGUGGGAUAAGCAGAAGGAGGUCUUUCUGCCCUCCACCCCUGGCCUGGGCAUGCAUGUGGAGGUGAAGGACCCCGAAGGCAAGGUGGUGCUGUCCCGCCAGUACGGCUCUGAGGGCCGCUUCACUUUCACCUCCCACACACCCGGGGACCAUCAGAUCUGCCUCCACUCCAACUCUACCAAGAUGUCGCUCUUCGCCGGCGGCAGACUGCGUGUGCACCUAGACAUCCAGGUUGGGGAGCAUGCCAACAACUACCCGGAGAUUGCUGCCAAGGAUAAAUUGACAGAGCUGCAGCUCCGAGCCCGCCAGUUGCUUGAUCAGGUGGAACAGAUCCAGAAGGAGCAGGACUACCAAAGGUACCGUGAAGAGCGCUUCCGGCUGACCAGUGAGAGCACCAACCAGCGAGUGCUCUGGUGGUCCAUCGCUCAGACGGUCAUCCUUAUCCUCACUGGCAUUUGGCAGAUGCGUCACCUCAAGAGUUUCUUUGAGGCCAAGAAGUUAGUGUAGUGUCCCCUCUCUGACCCUUCCCUUCUUCCACUUCCAUGGUUUAAGACUUUCCCCUUCUGGCAUACCUUAUCCACAAAAAAGUGUUGAGGGAAAAAAGAAAAUGGAAAAAAGGAUGUUAAGUCACAUUGGUGUCAUGAGGACAAUGUUCAGACCAGUCACUUAUUCACAUCAUUUCUUAAGGCUGUAGAUCACUAGUCUGAAUUUUGAAAGACAUGCCCUAGGGUCUGUGAGGAGUUGGAACUGACCUUCAACUCAGUCUUGCUUCUUUUACCUCUUGUGAUUCCUCUCCAUUCCAUCACAAAAUGAGCAAAUGAAAAAAAAAAUCUUUUGACUUUUCUCAGUCUACUCAACACAGGUGACAGAAAUAUCCCACGGAAGACACCCCCUUAAACUGCUCCCUCACUCAGUGGCUUUGUGAAUGUACAAGGGCAGGUCUUGACCCAAGUCAACUGAAAUGUUUUUCUAUGCAUUAGAACUAUUUUUUGAUAAAUUAUAUAUUUUCUUUCUGUGACUUGCUACAAACAGCAGUGCAGCCCCCUCUGCAUUGUAUAUCCACAUGUUUCUGGUUACUAUGAUGGCAGCUCCCUGUGGACCAGAAGGUUAAACAGCAUCUUGAUUCACCUGUGACUUCCAUCACACAGGACCUCAUAGUGCCAGGGAGACAGUGACCGAGCCAGCACCCCGGCAGGGCACACCUAGUCCCCCUCUCUCCCCUGAACCUUUAUUUAAGUGGUGGUAAAUUUUCUCUUUGUGGGAACCAGAUUUGGUUCUUUAUACAGACUUUUUCAGUGAAAUAAAACAUGUUGUAGUA